ACAAUUCCAAGAACCCUUGGUGACUGUCAACAACUCGAUAGUCUUGACAUGGCAGGGAAUUCUUUCCAGGGAUCAAUCCCUUCGUCAUUUAGCCAGCUGAAGGGGCUCCAAUCGCUGGAUCUUUCAAGAAACAACUUGUCCGGGCUCAUACCAGAAUUUCUUGGGAAUUUUAAGUUCUUGAGCUAUCUGAAUCUCUCAUUCAACAAUUUUGAGGGUGAGCUUCCAAAACAUGGCAUCUUCACAAACCUCAGUGCGUUCUCUGUGCUUGGAAAUAGUAAGCUUUGUGGGGGUGUCCAAGCUCUGAACCUGCCUCCCUGCCCCACCCGGUCAUCACAUUUAUCCCGGAAGCUGGUAGCCGCGAUCUCAGUUGCCGGGGGAAUAAUAUGCCUAAUCUUUCUCCUCGCUUUGUUUGGCAUUCAUCGUUGGAUACGUAAGUCGAAGAAGGAGCCUCGUGCCGCAGACAACAGAAUGGUUCCACAUAUGAUGGUCACAUAUUCCGAGUUGCUAAGAGCUACAGAUGGUUUCUCUUCUGCUAAUCUCAUCGGCGUGGGAAGCUUUGGUUCGGUGUACAAAGGGUUACUCAAUUACGAGGAAUACCAACUUGUUGCUGUCAAGGUACUCGACCUCCAACAGAGAGGAGCUUCAAGGAGCUUCGUUGCUGAAUGCGACGCGCUGAGAAAUGUCCGGCAUCGGAACCUCGUCAAGAUUUUAACAGCUAGCACAAGCACAGAUUACCGGGGAAAUGAUUUCAAAGCUUUGCUUUAUGAGUUCAUGCCGAAUGGGAGCCUAGAGAAGUGGGUGCAUCCAGAAGCAAACGAGCAAGGUCAGACGCGGGCGUUAAGCCUUAUCCAAAGGUUAAAUAUCUUGAUCGAUGUGGCCUCCGCAUUAGAUUACCUCCACCACCAUGGGCCAGAGCCGAUUGUCCACUGCGACAUAAAGCCGAGCAAUGUUCUUUUGGACCAUGACAUGGUAGCUCACGUUGGAGACUUUGGAUUGGCGAGGUUCCUCAACAGAAGCCCUACUGAAGCAUCUCAAAGAUCUUCUACCUCCAUGUUAUUCAAGGGGUCCAUCGGUUACGUUGCACCAGAGUAUGGAGUGGCCAACAAAGUUUCGGUCGAAGGGGAUGUCUAUAGUUACGGGAUACUUCUGCUGGAAACACUCACGGGGAAGUGGCCUACUGGUGAAAGUUUCAGGGACGGUCUCAGCCUUCCUCGAUAUGUGGAGAUGGCACUCCCGGAGCGGGUCUCCGAAAUCAUCGAUCCAAACCUGCACUUCGAGGAAGGUGAAGCUGCAAAUGGUCACAUUCAAGGCACCGAUUACAUUCGAGACAAAGCAGUGGAGUGCGUGAACUUGUCGCUCGGGAUCGGCGUCAGAUGCGCCAAGGAAUCCCCACAAGAACGAAUGCUGAUGCGAGAUGUCAUCAGUGAAUUAACUGCAAUCAGGAACGGAUGGAUCCACCACUAGAUUAUGAUCCGGAAUCGGGAAGCACAAGGGAUUGUUAGAGAGGUUGC